AAUUGGUUUCACCAAUGGCUUUUCGUAUGUUCCAUCUGGUUUUUACUUAUGUGCUCUCUAUGCCAUUUAUGAUUUUAGUAUCCCCAUCUGAAGUGGGCAACAUGAGCAUCCAUGAUUAUAUCAGUUACGUUAAUCCACCAGCUGUUCACAAUUACGAACAUGACAAUGGAGACAACAUACUCUGUGUAAAAUUUACUGAUCAAAUUUCCCUCCGCCCUGGAAAACAACAAUAUGGUUAUCAUAAGAAGAAUUCAAAUAUGGGCUGGAGGGAUACUCCAGCAGGGGAACCCUCUUCAAAUAUGUCAGGCAGUGGGCUUGGAAAAAGAUGUCCAGAAGGAACAGUCUCUGUUAUGGAGAUAAAGUACGAACAAGUGAAAGCUGCAGGAUCUGUUAAUAAGUUUCUGAGGAGAAAAUGAUAGAAUCGA